AUGUGCUGGUCGGUCAAGACUCUCUAUACGGUUUGCGCCCACGGCAGCUGGGACAUGGUCAGGUGCGAUAAGUCCGCCAACAGCCAAAAGUCAGACCGAUACCGCAGGCAAGAGUGCCUCGCAGAGCGAUGCAAACAUUCGACAUCCCUCCACACCAUCUACGGUUUCUGCGACGACUGUGUGGCCGUCUUCUCGGAGUAUCCCGAGAGAGGCUAUCCCGAUGUCAGCUCACUUGAGAUUGUCGAAAAUUAUUGGGCCUACAAAGAGCUUCAAGAAUGGACUCACCCCGCCGACCCUUACGACGUGCCGCCAUACGGUCUCCUUCUGCGCCCGCCAAACUUGCUCGCACCGCUCACGCCCAAAAAGAAGAGCUUCUUCUCAUCUCUACGUGCACGGAACGCCUCAUCCAGCAACGCGACCUACAACACGGUGUUCCAAGAGAAGGCGCUGCUCAGGACUUUGAAUGCCUUCGAAUCCGUCUCAUCAUCGUGUCAGCUGUGCAAAGAAGGCGACAGUCGCAAAACGGACUUCGCUAUAUUGGUCAAGAAUAUGUGUGACUCUACGCUUGGGUGGGCGCGGCACCUUGGUGAUUCGGAUGUUAUCAUUCACAGGUACAGUAUCGACAUUGUCAACGACCUCAGCUUCUCGUGCCACCUGUCCCGCGAAGCUCCCAGUCCGAAGCGCCCCGAUCUGCAAAGACCCCUCCCUGAUCUCCCGGGCAUUCGGAGAUUCAAAAGCACGGGAGGUUUACCCUCUUUCUCUGACCGUGUGCUUGAGCAGGCGCCUGGGUACAGACCCAAAUGUUACUGGGCAGGUCCUCCCGGCAUUCCCACAAGAUGUUCCAGCCUGAGGUUCAAUCACAAAAACUUCAAGCCGAGCCUAUCGACCAGGGAUGCACCUGAUUCAAGCAUCAACAAGCACCCUUCAAGCAGCUUGUCUCGCACUCCCAGCUCUGAGCAUUUUUCGGCCCGAACUUUCGAAUCCGAGGAGCUCUAUGAAUAUCCCCGCCAAUCUCACCCUGAGACGUAUGCGAAUUUGUCGGGCUGGACAGGCUCUCCUGCUCCAACAAGUCAGAGAAAACAAAGAGUGGGACGGCCGUGGCAUGAAGAGCCCGAAUUGGUUCAAGAUGGUGCCAAGGUUCAUCUUGACGAUGGCAACGGAAACAUCAUCUCGGACGUCCAGCAGUGGUCUGAAGACCCAGACUUGGUUGAGGAACGUGUCAAAUUCCAUCUGGACGACGGCACCGGAAACACAAACGCCCGGCAUGUGACCUUCGUCUCGCCCGCCAACUCGGUAACUUCGGAAGAAGCUUCGAUUUUGGAGGCUUCCUAUGAAUCGUCAGAUAGUCUGCGGGCUAGCUCGGGCGAUUCACCACAUGCUGGACUCACAGCACCCCCGAAGGGAAUUCUCAAGAAGAGACGGGAUACGCCCUAUGCGUUCCUCGAGCAACAGCCCGAAAGUGACACAGCUUGUGAUUUGUUGCCAGAAAUCCAGCCCACUACUCCUCUUCGAUUCUCUUCUCGCUUCGAUUUCGAGGCUGACCAGGCUAAUAGCUCUUCCAGUACUGACCCAAAGACUCAGGAUUCGAAGCCUAGCCCUUCCACAAGACGCACGCAGCAUACCAUGGGUAUGGGAGACGAGACUUUCGGAUCCCCAUCUUCUUCCCCUCCGGACUCGGCUGUCCCAGAACCUCUCAAAGGGGCAUCGAAAGCCCCGACGGGUGGCCGACCAACUUUUCGAAUCAGAAACUGCCCUGAUCACGGUUUGUCCUACCGCAGUGGUUGCGAAGGGUGUCUCACAGGCCCAAUUCAUGAAGAGAUCGUCAUCCCUCGAUUGGAGGAUGUGGUCAACUUCCCCAGGUGUGACUCGACCAGCAAAGGUUUUCCCUGGCACUUUUGA